CGUAUGGUUAAGUAAAGCAGCGAAUGAGUAUUAUUGUUUUGCGGUGAGGUUGAUCUUGAAAUUUAUGUUUGCAAAGGAUUCCUAGAAACUCUUGCGUGGAUUUACACAGUGUAGAUACAGUCACGCGGAUUAUUUAUUAAAUACUAUAUCGACCAUAGGUACCACCAUCUGUUCUAUCAAACCUAUCGUGACAUUUCGAGACGAAAACAAACAAUUAGUUCUGUGCGAUCUUUCUCGAAUAGCGUGUCGUGUAUUAUAGAGUGUACGUUGCAGAUAAAUAUAUCGUUGGGAGUAAUAUUUCAAUUUCCAUCACUCUCGGUUUAGCACGCGUUUACGUAUCGUUAUACGCAUUACAGUAAGUGCCGUGCAUUUCCUGAUUAACGGCAAGUGAACAAUAGAGGUUAGCGUCUGAAAAAUAGUUCAAGGAUUCGCAUUGUGUGACGAAGUGUCUUCUAACGUAUUUUAUCAUACACUUUUUUUUCACGAGACUUGCGCCAAAAACGUAUAUGUUACACAACGCCGAUGCUUUUGUGAGAUUCUUCAUAAGCACUGCCUGUGAAGACGUACACUCGAAGGCCAAAGCACGUUCUCUUCAGUUCUCGGUGGUUCCAAAUGACAAAUGCAAUGGGAGGAACGAAUCUCCAUACACCUCCAUCCAUAUUUCAACAUAUGAUGAGUCAGCAAAAUACAUCACAACAACCAGAGACAUGGAUGCAAAUGCCACAGGUGCCACCAAUGUCUAUACCAUGGAGUGUACCAUCUCUCCAACAACCAGAAUUAGUCAGAUUUACCGGGGGACCAAGUUUCGAAUCAGUUCUUCAUCAGAAGAGAAAACUUGAGACCUGCGAUCUGCUAGAUAUGAGACAAACGAAACAGUUUAUAACAGAAGAAAAAAUGGCUGCACAUUUUAAAGGUUUACAUAUUAGUUCCAAUUAUCAACAGUCUUCAGUGCCAUCAACUUCAACAGCUGACUCACAACCAGUUAAUCCUAGGGAGUUGAAUAUGGAACUAGAAUUGGAUGCAGCUAAUGCAGAUCAAAUCAAAACUGGACCCAGGCUAGUUCUUUCAGAGGAACUGAAGAGAAUCCAACAAGAACCAAUCCUUCCAAAUUCCUUGUUAUCCAAAUUGGAAAGGCCCUCCAUGGCUUUAGUCCUUUGGGAACCACCGAGCAAGCAUCUUCGUAUAUUUCCAACUAGAGAUACACCAACUCCGAUUCCUAAUGCAUCCGACGAUAACAAUAACAACAAUAAUAACAACAAUAAUAAUAAUAACGAAGCGAUUGCUGAUCUGAAUCAGACGAUAUCGAGCAAUUCAUCAAUUUUCGAGCCAAUGGAAUUAUGAAGGCAAUUCGUUAGUGAGUUACUUUUACAUCUUUGUAUAUCGUUAGCAAACGAAGAACGCGAUAUCGAGUUGUAUUACGUACGAAAGUUAAAAAAAACGAAAGUUAUACAUUAUAUUUUUUAUCUGACAUUACAUGUUUGUGUAAGGUUGUGCGAGAUAUAUGGAAUGAAGCCUUUCUAUUAAAUAGAACUAUUCUCUACUAGUUACCUAAUUAUUUAGUUAUUUGAGACAUAUGUACGUAUCAAUUAUUAUAUAAAGAUAAAAGCUAAAGAUCAAGUUCCUUUCAUAUAAUAUGAUUUGUGUGUGAAAAUUGAUUAAAGAUAAAAAGGAAAUAUAAAAAUGGGAUUCGUUAAUAAAUACGUUCAUGGGUUUAAUGUGAAA